AUGGAAUUAGAAAAACAAAUAUACAAAUUCCACUUUUGUUUAACUUCGUGGAAAUAUGCAAGGAUUAUUACAAAGCUACUAUUUUUAGGAUUAUUAGGAAUUUCAUUAUUAUUAAUAAGUGUAUAUGCAUCACUUUGUAUAAGAUAAGGAGAAAGGAAAUUGGAAUUUUAAUUGAGAGAUAAUAAGGUGAUUUCUGAAUUUAAUGAGAAUGUAGUUUACACAAUAAAUAUAGUUGAUCAUGCAUUAAGUGAUCCUCUAUUAUAAAUGAAAUUUUCAUUUAAUAGAUAUCUAUUAACACUUAAACAAAAUAUUGCAAAAGAUCAUAAAAUAUCUUAAGAGAAUCUAUUUGUUGAAGCAAAAAACUAUUAAUCAGGAUUUGAUCUAUUCUUUUUAAACUUUGUUGAUAUUGAAACAAUGUUUUUAGUUGAUUUUACACAAUAUUUUACAGAUUGCAAAAAUGACAUCAUGAUAUAUAAUGUAAAUACAAGAGAAGCAUGGUUAUGGAGAAGUAAUUCUUUAAAAAAUGAUGAUUCAACAUCUGUUUACAUUAAAAUGAUAAGAAACUUUUUUUUGUGUCAUUAGAUUUUAGUCAGCAUAUUUUUUGUUUCUUGUUCUUCAUCAAUUGUUAUACGUUUAUUUUUGAUAUCUACUCCUAUAUUUACAUUUAUUAUAAGUAAUUAUACUAUAUAAUUAUUUUAGAGAAUUUGAUAUAGAAAAUUUUUAGAUAAGAUUAAUAAUUAAAUAAUUAAGAACAAGAAAAUUGGAUUGGAAUUUACAUAAGACUAUUAGAGAGAAAUAACAAAGCAAAAUAUUAUAUUAUAACUGCUUUUUUAACUAUGAUUUUAUUUUAUACAAUAAUCUAUAAUGAAGGACUUGAUUAAGCAACUUAGUUUAUGUUUGGUAAAAGUAUACCUUUAGGAUUGAAUGUGUUUUUUAUGAUGUAAAAAUAAUUGAAAAUAAUAGGAUAGUAUUUAUUAAUGAAUUAGAAGGAGUUCUAUUUUUAAGGACAAGAUCUUCAAUAUACUUUGUUCCAAAAUACAUCUGUUGUUACUAUAUUACUUAUUUAUUUUAUCUCGAAAAAACAAGUAAGAUUUUAAUUAAGUUUCGGUUAUGGAUUUUAUUAUAUUGGAUUAAUGAUAGUGUUUCUAAUGAGUCAGACUACAUUUAUGGCAUUUCUAUACUUCUAUGAAAUUCCAGCUUUGACUUGGCAAAGACAAUCCUUUUAUACUCCAACAGAGUA